GUAGUCCUCACACCAACGACGCUCCCCCGCUGGCCGCUGCAUCCGCGGCUCAUCAAUCGCACUCCUCCAACCUACCACUGUCCGCCAUUACAUUACAAACCACACUGCGCGCCAUCAAUUCUCCGAUCCCAUCUCGCUCUCGCCAUCUGCUGCUUGCCACCACCACAUCGUCGCCGGCGGCGAGAGUGGCCUGGAGAGAUCGUCGGCGAUGGCGGGGGAGGGGAGGAAGCUGCGGGUGUACGGGAUGGCGCUGUCGGCGAACGUGGUGCGGGUGGCGACGGUGCUGAACGAGAAGGGCCUCGACUUCGACCUCGUCCCCGUCGACCUCCGCACCGCCGCCCACAAGCAACCCCACUUCCUCGCCCUCAACCCUUUCGGCCAGAUCCCCGUGCUGCAGGAUGGAGACGAAGUCCUGUACGAGUCCCGCGCGAUAAACCGGUACAUCGCGACCAAGUACAAGGCGGAGGGCGCCGACCUUCUGCCGGCGGAGGCGUCGCCGGCGAAGCUGGAGGUGUGGCUGGAGGUGGAGUCGCACCACUUCUACCCGGCCAUCUCCGGCCUCGUCUUCCAGCUCCUCAUCAAGCCCCUCCUCGGCGGCGCCACGGACACGGCCGCCGUCGACGAGCACGCCGCCGCGCUGGCACAGGUGCUCGACGUCUACGACGCCCACCUCGCCGGCAGCCGCUACCUCGCCGGCAACCGAUUCUCGCUCGCCGACGCCAACCACAUGUCCUACCUGCUGUUCCUCUCCAAGACGCCCAUGGCGGAGCUCGUCGCGUCCAGGCCGCACGUCAAGGCGUGGUGGGACGACAUCUCCUCGCGCCCGGCGUGGAAGAAGACCGCCGCCGCCAUCCCCUUCCCGCCGGCCGCCUGACCGCCGCCGCCGCUGCCGCCUCGCCGGCCGGUGCCCGCAUGGAUAUGGGACGAUAAAUAAUUUUUUUACUACUCAUUAAUGUACGCCGUUAAUUAUAUGUCAAAUACUGUGCUCGCGUUUUAUCAAUUCACAUGCUUUGAGAUGUGGAGUGACUCUAGUAAGGGUUGUUUAGGUCGCGAAAUGGAAAUUUUUGGGUGUCAUAUCGGACGUUUGACUGUCCGACCGGAUGUCAAAA